AUGUUAUUCACAGCCAUAUCAACCGUCAUCUACCUCAUAUCGCUGUAUGGUUCCAGUCACGCACUGCCGACGUCCACAGCAACUUUCAGAGAGUUAAACUUUGGUUUUAAUUUUGAGCAGACGACAAGACGUUCUGGACCUACAACAACAAUUGAUUAUGAUCUAGCCGACUUCGACGAAUUUGGAAAUGACCCAGGGAUUUAUGAUGUUGCGGGUUCGCCGGAUCCGAUGAAUUUCGCAGACGAUAAUGACCAAGGUUUUGCAAAUCAUCCUGGUUUCGACACAGGGCAAUCCUUGUUCGACUCCGCAUAUAUGUAUACUGUCACACCGAGUGUUUCAAAGACCCCUGCAAACAGCGGAGGGAUAUCGGAUGAGAUACAAGAAAACGUAGGCUCUCAACGUGAGGGCGGUCCAUCUGAUGAAGGUGCUAAUCAAGACAGAAACCACGAGCAAGUCGUGAAGAACAAUCAACCAGGAAACAAUGUAAGGUACAAAACAUAUCAAAGAAACAAUAACAUGAACAAUGAUAAACAACCUCAAAACGGGGAAGAUUCUUCCACUGGAAAUGGAAAUCAAACCAGGUUGACACCAAAUAAAGCAUCUAUGACAAGUAAAAACAACAGUGCAAUUCCGCCAAAUUCGAAUGAGAACGAUAAAAGUGAUAAUGUAAACUAUGAAAAACAAACAAAUCAGUUAUAUGGAGGCAGAGAGGGAGACAAUUCGGCAUCAGGUAUAGAUACACUAACAAGUUCCGGUUCAAAAUCUAAACAAUUCACAGAAAAUAGUGCAGUCAAUUCAGGUGGUAACACGAAAGACGCAGCUACUAGAGAAGGAAAUAUUGUUAAGUUGGGAGAAACAUCGGAUUCUUAUGGGGAUAUAUCCAGAGGAUCUCCCGAAUCAGAAUUUACAAGUAUGUCCGGUGAAAAGUUUGAUAGCUAUUCUGUGUAUGAUUCAAACUCGGGAGAGGUUUCCUCAAACUCCAGAUCGAACGAAAAUAAUGAGGCGGGAAGUACAUCUAGUAAAGAAUUUGUAUCAGGCGAAAAUGACAACGAUGGCAGAUCCAGUUUGGAAGGCACUUCAUCGCAGGAAGGAAAUAACAUAAAUCCCGGCACGAUUGACUCCUUUGGGUCUUCGGAAAGAACGGAUUCGAGGCUUUCCUCAAAUGAAGAAGAGUACUUCAUGAACUCUGCCUCCCAGAAUUAUGCAGAAACAACUGGAUCAUGGUCCUCAAAUGAAAAUGGGCCACUGUCAUCCUCGGAUGAAAAUGGUUCGCAACCUUCAGACGAGAAUGGGUUACAAUCAUCCUCAGACGAAACAAAGUCAUCUUCCGAUGAAAAUUUGUCACAGUCAACAUCAGACGAGAACGAAAUGCGGUUAUCCUCGGACGAGUCCAGUUCGUUCAUAUCUUCGGAGAACAAGCUCGCGGCUCCUUCUGAAGAAAUAAUAGAAAAGUCAUCGACAGACCCUGAUUAUGAUUUUGAUAACGACAACGAUAACGAUAUAAAUAACUCACAUCAAAUAUCAAGUGAAAAAGAAAAGUCAGCAAAUACUGGUGCAGACAAAAAUGGUCUGAAAAACGCACAUUCACCUGAACAAAACCAUAAUCUAGCUGGAUGUUUUUCAUCGACAGAAGACGAUGGCAAAUUUUGCCCUUUUCUGCGCGCAUUGUAUUCUAUAUGUAGUGAACAAUUUAAACAGGAAUGUGUUUCAGAUUCUAGAGAACACCAGCAAAGCAUUGAUAAAGUCAGUCCAAAUUCUAAUGCUAAAAUGGUUUCUUUAUCGGACACAAGUGCCUCGAGCGACUCAAUCGAGGAUUUAUAUCCAAACUCUUUUGACAGUAUUGUAUCCGAUGAGGCCUCUCACUCCAGCAGUAAGCCAAGCUCCAUGUCCUUCGAAACUGUAGAAAACUUGUCAGCGUCGUUUGAAAGAUCAAGCGGAAUACUUGAUGUCAUUGACAUCAUUAGAGAGGCAUGCAGUAGCAUUUGUGCGCUAGCUGAUAGUCAUACGGGACGCCUAUCUGGUGGUGGCAAAACAGGAAGCGUCAGAGAUGAAGAUAGCUCCGAGAGCUCGGUCGAAGAUGAGUUUGGAGAACUACCUAAAGAAGAAUUUGCAGAUUCAGACGAAGAUCAAAACGGCGAGAGUUCUAACUUCUCUUACGUCACUUCCGUAGAAAUUCCGGCAAGUGCACCUGCUGCUUCAUCUGGGGGGAAAAGUAUUUCUAGUUUAAGUUCUGGGGAAUAUUCAGCGGAGAAAAAUACAGGUGAACGAUCAGUUGAAGAUAGUUUCGCAAGUAGCGGUGGCACUGAUAGCAUGAACAGUGCCGAUUCUAGUGGCGAGCUCAGCUUUGAAUAUACUAGUUAUGCUUCGGAAAAUACAAGCGAAUGA